CAAAUAGAGAGAGAGAGAGAUAGCAGAGAGAAGAGAAAAGAGAAAAGUAGAGAGAGAGAGAAAUGGCGUCUAAGCUCUGCGACUCAUGCAAAUCGGCGACGGCGGCGUUGUACUGCCGUCCAGACGCGGCGUUUCUAUGCCUCAGCUGCGACUCGAAGGUCCACGCGGCGAACAAGCUCGCGUCGAGACACGCGCGCGUGUGGAUGUGCGAAGUGUGCGAGCAAGCGCCAGCCCACGUCACGUGCAAGGCGGACGCGGCUGCUCUCUGCGUCACGUGCGACCGAGACAUCCACUCCGCCAACCCCUUGGCGCGCCGCCACGCACGCCGCCGUGAACUUUCUCGACGACUGUUACUUCUCCGAUCUAGACGGGAACGCUAGCCGCGAGGAAGAGGACGAGGCUGCUUCGUGGCUGCUUCCGAAUCCGAAGACGAAGACGGCGCUGGCUGCGGCGGCUGAGGCGGUGCCGGGAGAUAGCCCGGAGAUGAACACGGGUCAGCAGUACCUGUUCCCGGAUCUGGAUCUAGAUUGCGGGACUUUUGAUCCUAAGGUGGAGUCGCAGGAGCAGAACAGCUCCGGCACCGACGGCGUAGUUCCGGUGGAGAAUCGAACGGUUAAGGUAGCGGCGGUGAACGAGAACUGCUACGAACUUGACUUCACCGGAGGAUCCAAAGGCUUGACUUACGGUUACAACUCCAUCAGCCACAGCGUAUCGUCAUCCUCAUUGGAAGUGGGAGUGGUGCCAGAUGGCGGCUCUGUGGCCGACGUUUCAUACCCUUACGGUGGUGCUGCAACCAGUGUAACCGAUCCGGGAACUCAGAGGGCAGUGCCGCUAACGGCAGCGGAGAGAGAGGCGAGAGUAAUGAGGUACAGAGAGAAGAGGAAGAACAGGAAGUUCGAGAAGACAAUAAGGUAUGCUUCGAGGAAAGCGUAUGCGGAGAUGAGGCCGAGGAUCAAGGGAAGGUUUGCGAAGCGGACGGAUACGAGUGAGAGCAACGACGUGGUUGUUGGUCAUGGCGGUAUAUUUAGCGGGUUUGGACUUGUACCUACAUUUUAGAGAUUGCUGUGAGAGAGAGAUUCUCUUUUAAUAUGUGGGUUUUGUUUGGUGUCGUUUUAGUAAUAAUGUUUUUAACAAACUUUUGUCUUUUAAGA